CAAAAAAAUACAAACCACCCAAAAUUCUUGAUACCAUCUGAAACAACAGCACAAGCUUUCAUUUCUUCCAUGACUUUCCUCUCUCUAAAACUCUAAAUCUCUCUCUCAAAUGGAAACUAUUCUCUCUCCCCCCACAUUCUCCCCAUUCCUUAACCCCAAACCUUCUUCUCUCAAACCCAGAUCACUUUCAAUACCCUCUACAAAACCCAUAAUUUGUUCCCUAAAAAAACCCAUAAUUUUACCUCAAAAAUCAUCAUCCUUUUCACUACCCAGUAACUGGUUUUCACCCAUUCAGCAUGGAUUAGCAGCUCUUGCUCUUUCAUUAGCCCUUAAUUUCUCCCCAAUUUUGCCAGUUUCUGUUGCUAAUGCUUCCGAAUUUGAUGUUGUAAAUGAUGGUCCACCUAAAGAAUCAUAUGUUGUUGAUGAUGCAGGUGUUCUUAGUCGUGUCACUAAAUCUGAUCUCAAGAGAUUGUUAUCUGAUUUAGAGUCUAGGAAGAAUUUCCGUCUUAAUUUCGUCACUGUUCGCAAAUUAACUAGCAAAGCUGAUGCUUUUGAGUAUGCUGAUCAAGUUUUGGAGAAAUGGUACCCAAGUGUUGAGGAUGGUGAUAACAAAGGGAUUGUUGUCCUUGUGACUAGCCAAAAGGAAGGGGCAGUUACCGGCGGACCUUCAUUUAUCAAGGCUGUUGGAGAGAAUAUUCUUGAUGCAACUGUGUCAGAAAAUCUUCCUGUAUUAGCAACUGAUGAGAAAUACAACGAAGCCAUUUACAGCAGUGCCAAGCGGUUAGUCGCUGCUAUUGAUGGUCUUCCGGACCCUGGAGGCCCGUCAUUCAAGGACAGCAAAAGAGAAUCCAACUUCAAGUCUAAGGAAGAGACAGAAGAAAAACGAGGUCAAUUCAGUCUCGUGGUUGGAGGUUUGUUGGUCGUUGCAUUUGUUGUCCCUAUGGCACAAUACUACGCAUAUGUUUCCAAAAAAUAAGGUGUCUUUGGAUUCACGCUCCAAGGUAACUUGCCAUGUUUUUAAAACUUUUGUAAAGUAAAUGUACAAAGACAUAAUUGUAUAAACAAAUGUUUGACCGUGUAGACAACUGGUUGAUGAGGCACUUCUGUUAAAGGAGUAUGAAAAAGAAGUUUAAAUAUGAUGAGGAUUAGAUGUUCAUAA